AUGGACUACGAGAUGGAUCUCGAGCCCACGGGGCCUCAGGUUACCGUUCGUGAGGUCGAGCCCCUCCGAGUCGACUUCAGAUUGAGCUCUGUCGACCUUGCCAUGGCCAACUCCCUUCGCCGUGUGAUUCUCGCCGAAGUCCCCACUGUUGCACUCGAUCUCAUUGAAAUUGAGAACAACACGUCCGUGAUUCCCGAUGAGAUGCUGGCUCACAGGUUGGGCUUGAUCCCUUUGAAUGCCAAGAACUGCGACUCGGACCUCGAAUACACCCGUGACUGCAGCUGUGAGGACUACUGUGUGAAAUGCAGCGUGACAUUGUCGCUGCAUGUGCGCUGCGAGUCGGAGAAGAUGACGGUCUUCGCGCGGGAUCUGGAGGUGCUGGGCGAUCGGGUCAACGAUACGAUUGGCGACCCGGUCAUUACUGAUGCCGAGGGCCAGGGUCCCGUGAUCUGCAAACUGGCAAAGGGUCAAGAGGUCAAGCUCAAGUGCCUGGCAAAGAAGGGCACCGCAAAGGAGCAUGCCAAGUGGGCUCCAACUGCGGCUGUAGGCUUCGAGUACGAUCCUCAUAACAACCUGCGCCAUGUGGAUUACUGGUACGAGCAGGAUGCGGCUAAGGAAUGGCCCAUCUCUGAAAACGCUGCCUGGGAGCAACCCAGUAACCCGGACCAGCCGUUCGACUACGAUGCCGAGCCGAACACCUUCUACAUUGACGUGGAAAGUAUCGGCAACCUGGAGCCCGACAUGAUCGUUCAACAAGGUAUCUUUGCUUUGCAAAAGAAGCUUGCUGUUACUGUGAGCGAGCUCAAGAAGAAGGAUCAGAACGGUCAAGUGGGGGAUGUCGAGGAUGCUGAUAUGAUGGGUGCGGGCGACGACGCCUAUGAACCUCCCGAGGGUAUUGACGGAAACAUGGGCGCAUACGGAAAUGCUCCGUGGGGAGCUAGUGCUCAGACUCCAUAUGGUGCCACGCCUUACGGACAAAGUACAUAUGGAUUCUGA